UAGAUCUUCUUUCUCUCUCUCACACACGCAAACACAAAGGCAGACAUAAAUUGAAGCUUCUACCAUGUCUCCGCAUGGAAUUAGUACGGGUUGACGUUUUCCGAUAUUUAAGGUAGAGCACACUACUGGUGGUCUGUCGAUUCGAAUUCUUAAAUACCAAGUCCUUGGAGGAUUAGUCCCAAGUUGACUUCUGCUGGUUCCAUAAAUGAUCAACUCUAAUCUCAAAAGCAAUGGGCUAGGAAAUUCUGGGACUGGUUUGCCUGUGUGCCAUAAACAAUCACCAAUUGCCACAAGAAAGGUACCUUUGAGAUAUGUGCAGAACGAUGGCAGGAGCUUAAUGUAUAAUGAUCCAGAGAGUUGGGUUCUAGGACUUAGUGCUGAUGCUGUUGAGGUUUCUGGGGCUGAGAGACUUACCCCUGAGUGCCCUACAAACCCCUGUUACCACCAGUCCUGCAGAAGUAAUGGUGCAAAUGAACAUCUCACACAUUCUGGUAGGAAUUCUGAUUCAGAACUAGGCAAGAGAAGAUUUCGAGAGACUUCUAACACAAAAUCUGAUUUUCUGAAGUUGAGAAAAUAUUUCCACAAUCAGCCGGAACUACCCCAACUACAUCCGGAAGAGGAGGAAAGAAAUAUGUCUAUUGUACCUGCAUCUACACCAGCUUCUACCGCUUCUGGUAAUGGUUUGUCAGCUGCUGAAUCUGAUCGCCUUCAGCUUACUUCUGAAUCUGAGGUUCCUCAUUCAGCUGAUUCUAAGGGGAGUACUGAUCAGGAAAGGAAAGAACGGUUCCUUUGUCUGCAGAAGCCUCAGAAGCAUUGUUAUGAGUAUGAUCAGAGGGAUUGCAUCCACAUGUUGCGUCGUUUUUCUAGUGUUGAGCUUAGCAGAUGUGCCAUCAAGUUGGAUAAAAGAUCAAUCCAGCUAUCAGUUGAGGAAGCUGCGAAGAAGGCUCUAGCACCAAAUCAGACCAAAAAGACCAAGAUUGGAAAAGCAAUUAGGACUAGAGCAUCUGGUCGUCUGAGGGAGUAUGUUCCUGUUAAGAAAGAUCCAAAUAAAGGGAAGCUGGUUUUUGAUCUUACUGGUGACCCAGCUGGUCUAGAAAUAGCUGGAGCUGGGGCACUUUGUUCAUGGGGUCCUCCUAGCAGGGGAGUUAAGUUUAGGGUUGCACCACCUGAUUAUGACCCAACUACCAAGAAGGAUGAUGGAAAGGGCAAAUCCCCUGCAACCAGUGAGGGCAUACCACCUGAUUUUGAACUAAUUGCUAAGAAGGAUGCUGCAAAGGGCAAAAGGGUGAUCCUAAAUGCUGACGAUACAAUGGAUGUUUCCAGAGCAAAGAGGAUCAGAAACAAGCCCAAGUGGCAGUUGUAAUGGUCCAAUGAUGUUGUGUAAUUUGCACAGGGUUUUGAUAAUUCUCGUGUAAUUUAAAUGAUAUGGGUGGAAUAUGUUGAUGUUGUUGAACAUUAGUUUCUUGGUGGUUGGAUGUAUUUGAAGAUUGUUGCAACAAUAAUAUGUCGAAUGUAUUUUGCUAGGGUAA